AUGCUAUCGGUGCUGCGUUCUUUAGCCGCGGCGCCGGCCCGUCAGAUUGCCGUGCGUAGUGUUUCCACAGAGCCGGCACCCGCUCCGAAAGGGAUCGCUACAACAGGAACACCGUUUUUGGAGACGUCCUCCACCGCAGAAUAUGCGCUGGCUCGUCUUGACGAUGUAAUGAAUAUGGUGCAGCGUACAUCUCUUUGGCCACUUACCUUCGGUCUUGCUUGUUGCGCCAUUGAAAUGAUGCAUUUCGCUGCUCCUCGUUAUGAUAUGGAUCGUUACGGAGUGGUUUUCCGUGCCUCACCCAGACAGACUGACCUGAUUUUUGUUGCGGGAACUGUGACGAAUAAAAUGGCUCCGGCUUUGCGAAGGAUUUACGAUCAAAUGCCUGAAGCUAAAUGGGUAAUAUCAAUGGGUUCGUGUGCCAACGGAGGUGGAUACUAUCACUACGCAUACUCGGUGCUUCGAGGAUGCGAUCGUAUUAUACCGGUUGACAUCUAUGUUCCUGGAUGCCCACCUACUGCUGAGGUUGGUGUGUUAAUGUUUUUCUUUGUCUAA